CACAGUCAACUUCUGGAACCUGUCCUCAAAAGCAAAGCUACUCCCUCAAACUUGAUGCCAAAGAUGGGAGGAUCUACAAUGAACAGAAUUUCUUCCAGCGAGCUGCCAAGGCAGGCACAGUGGAGAAGUGGAAGAAGCAGCACUUGGUGCCAUUGUUGGGCAUCCCCAAUUGUGUUGGCUUUGGACUGCAUGCAGACAGCUACAGGUUUUUGGUGUUCUCUGUCUUGGGGAGAACUCUCGAGUCAGUCCUGAGUGAUGGCUUGCACCUGCUGGGGGAGAAGGCAGCUUUCCAGAUUGCAGUCCGCCUGCUAGACUGCCUGGAGUACAUCCAUGAGAAUGAGUAUGUGCAUGGGGACAUCACUGCAGAGAACAUCUAUUUGAACCCAGCAGACCUCACACAGGUGACCCUCGCAGGCUAUGGCUUUGCAUUCCGAUACUGCCCUGGGGGGAAGCAUGUGGCUUGGCGUGAGGGCAGCAGGACCCCUCAUGAAGGCACCGUGGAGUUCAUCAGCCUGGACAGCCACAAGGGUGCAGGACCAUCUCGCCGGAGUGACUUGGAAUCCCUGGGCUACUGCCUUCUGAAAUGGCUCUGUGGCGUCUUGCCUUGGUCUGAUGAGGUGGACAAAGUAGAAACUGUGGUGGAGAGGAAGGAAAGGUACAGAGAGGAUGUGAAGUGCCUUCUCCGACUGUGCUUCAAGCAGAGAUCAAUUCCAGAUGCACUGCAGAGCUACCUGCAGCAAGUGCUGGCCCUGGAGUAUGAGGAGAAGCCUGACUACGAGGCCCUGCGGCAGCUCUUCAAGAAGCCCCUGGAGAAGAUGAAAGCUUCAGCCUACGACUCUGUGGAUGUCCGAAUGGUUCCCUAG